AGGGUAUCCACCUGUCCACUUAUUAAAAAAAAAGAAGAAUGCCUGCCACAUGCAAUUGCACAGAAAGUGGAAAAUGCCAAUGUGUGGAAUUUCAAUCCUGUCCACCCAGCGUCUGUAAAUGUGGACCCGGAUGUAAAUGUGGAGCCGGGUGCACGUGCACUGGGUGUCAGCUGAAAUGCAGCUGUAGUGGUAAUUGUGCAUGUGGAAAAGGCUGCACCGGACCUGAAUCUUGCAAAUGCGCAAAUGUCUGUAGCUGCAAAAAGUGACGAAAUAUAAUGUACAUGUAGUCACGUGGUCUCAGGAAUAUCUUUUGUGUCACAGCCAAAGAACAAAAUAAGUUUUACAUUUUAAAUUGGAUAACUAAAUAAAUUGAUUUUCAAGUUUCA